AUGGCGGCGGCCGCUCCCCCUCCCGCGGCGGCGCUGGAGCAGCUGAGCAAGACCAAGAUGUUCGGCGGCCACAACCUCCGCUUCCGCCACCAGAGCGCCGCCCUCGGCUGCCCCAUGACCUUCUCCCUCUUCCUCCCCGCGUCGCCGGCCUCCAAGCUCCCCGUGCUGUACUGGCUCUCCGGCCUCACCUGCACCGACGAGAACUUCAUCAUCAAGUCCGGCGCCCAGCGCGCCGCCGCGGCCCACGGCGUCGCCCUCGUCGCCCCCGACACCUCCCCGCGUGGACUAAAUGUAGAAGGAGAGGCAGAUAGUUGGGAUUUUGGUGUUGGUGCUGGAUUUUAUUUGAAUGCCACAAAUGAGAAGUGGAAGAACUGGCGCAUGUACGACUAUGUUGUGAAGGAGCUGCCAAAAGUUUUAAGUGACAACUUUGAACAGCUUAACACGUCAUGUGCAUCAAUUUUUGGCCACUCUAUGGGAGGUCACGGCGCACUGACUAUCUACUUGAAGAACACUGACAAAUACAAGUCAGUGUCUGCGUUUGCUCCAAUUGCUAACCCAAUAAACUGCCCUUGGGGUCAGAAAGCAUUCUCAAACUAUCUGGGUACAACUAAAUCAGAAUGGGAGGAAUAUGAUGCAACCCUGUUGGUUAAGAAGUGCAGCACGCUUUCAACUCCUAUCUUGGUUGACCAGGGAGAGGACGACAAGUUCCUGGCGGAGCAGCUGCUGGCGGGCAACUUUGAGGAGGCGUGCAAGGCGGCGGGCGCUCCCCUGACCCUGCGCAUGCAGCCGGGGUACGACCAUUCCUUCUUCUUCAUCGCCACCUUCAUCGACGACCACAUCGCGCACCACGCCCAGUUCCUCAAGAGCGGCUGA